CAGACAGGAACAAAGUGCUGUGUCUUCUGCCAAAGAUGCCAAAAGCUUUGGGGCUCUGUCUCCUUGUUACUGGCAUUUUCUGGAGCACUUUCCAUGAAGUCCUGAAGUACAGGGCCCUUGGCAUCUUCAUUCAAAAUCCCAGCCACAGAGAACCACAUGUCUGCACCAUAGACAGGCCUGACUUCUACCCUCCCUCUUAUGAAGACAGAAUGGAUCCUGAAAAACUGGUCUUCCCACUGCCAGUUUUCUCCACACUUAAACAGCAAGAAUUCAUCAAUAUUCCUCCGCCUCCAUACAGUGAAAGUAGUGCAGAAUUUGUCAGUGAAACAAAUGAGCAGGAACAGCCACCACCAUAUACUUUAUCUGUGGAGCAGCAGCAAACAGCUGACCAAGACCCAAACCUCAGAGGGGGGUUAAAUUCUCAUAUAUCCAUGCAAGAAAUCAGUUGCCAACAGGAUACAGACUUCCAGAGGACCUCAGGAAGAGCAACACCUGUCAAAACAAGAGAGACAGGCAGCCAGUAAAAUCCUUCAUCUGUGAAACAGGGCAAACUGGAAGAAGACUGUGUCAGUGAUCCCUAAUAGUGACACUACUUAGGGUGAAAUUGCAUAGGAGAAACAUUGAUCAUUUGUGACUUAGAGUGGAGUUGGAGGGGAUAUGCAAAAGUGCUCAGUAUUUCAAAUUAGAAUAAAUCUCCAUAGAGAUAGAAAUGCUCAGGCUGUGUCUAGUAGAAGUCACCAUCUCUGGUAAUAGGAGCUUCUUAAGCUACCAGAUAAAUGAAGCAUCAUGGUGUUAUCAAUCUUGACUUGUGCUUCAUAAGGAGUUUCAGAUGAAAACUGUAAUUUUUUUGUUUUGUGACAUUAACUGACUUGGGAAACCUAUUAACUUUUGUUUGAAAUUUGCAGAUUAUUUGUUGCAACUGAUUAUUUUUGUAUUGUAUGUCUUUCAAGUUAUUUUAUGUGGGGGUAAAAAUAACUGUUAUUUUGCUAGUGAAUUCAUGAAUACAUUUUGUAUUUAAAACAAAUGCCUUGUAUUUGCUUAUAUGAUAUGAGGUGCCCAUGAUUCAGGAAAAGGGCAUAAUAAAAUACACUACC